ACUUUCUAGCUCUGGAUUUAUUUUUUGUAUUAAUCUCUUCAUAUUUGCAUCGGCAGAGAAGGCUAAGUGACGUGAUGGGUUCGAUCAGGGUGUAUUCCAAAAAUGGUUCAACGACCAGCAAUUCGUGGACUUCUGUGGAUUUCGUUGUCAGUGGAACUGGCACCCUCACCGUGUCCAGCAAUAGAGGCGUGGUAGCGAGGGGUGUUGGCGUGGAACAAAUCCCCGAGCAAGCCAUUCGAAAACCAGCUCCAAAAUCUGCUAUCAGUGCCUUACCAAAGGUCAAGGUUUCCAAGGAGCACAUUCAUGCAGAUUCCACCUGCGCCGUGUGCAAGGAAAAAUUCGAGCUCGGGUCUCAGGCGAGGAAGCUUCCGUGCAAGCAUAUCUACCACUCAGACUGCAUCGUACCAUGGCUUCAACGCCACAGUUCGUGCCCUAUUUGCCGCCUGCCCGUCACUAGGGAUAAUGGUAAGGUUGCUACACUCAGGCGUUGGUCGUGUUUUUGCUCCUUUGGCUGCUAGUACUAGGCUCUUGGUUGCCCAUUUUCCCUCAAUCUUGCUAUCUUUCCUGUAUUUCUUUUUAUCAUCAUAGCUGUUCAACGAAUAACUCUAAUAACACAUUUUAUUAUAGUUCUCAAUGAAUGAAAAAAAUAGCAAAGAACUGAUUCCUGUUGAGAUACCAUUUUUCUGGAUUCAUUUAAAUGUGGUGAUUGAGCAGUAGCAUUUCUUUCGGGGUAAAGGAUGAAUGAAGAAAUAGACGCAAAAACUGAUGAAUACAAAGCAUAUGCAAAACUGAGAGCAGUCAUCACAAUUCCAGUAUGGUACACACGGAAAACUGAAUAAUGAACCAGAGUUCUAAGAAAACGGUGGCCGUCAACAAGUAGACAUAUUUAAGCAUGAUGCGAUGCCUAGUUUGUAAGCUCCAUAAUGGCAGAGACUAUGUCUCCGUUGGCUUCCUUGAGAGAUUUGACAGCCCUAGCUCUCGAAACCCCAGCUUGUGUCAUCACCAGCUCAAUGUCCUUGGGUUCAACACCAGUUUCGUCUACAUCUUCAUCAUCUUGAAUUACAACUGCUGGCUCUGCCUUUGGUGCAGCUUGGUUGAUGUUGGGAACCUUGAACUGCUCUGCUGCUUGAGUCUGCAGUUGAGAGCUUAGAUCCUCAAUCUUUGCCUCACCAAAGAUAACAUAAGUAUCUGAGUUCGGGCUCUUAAAGACAUCUGGCUUUGAGAUGACAAAUAGGAUCUGAAACAUGUAACAAUAUUAACAUGUCAGUGUAACAACAUCUGAGUUGUUGAUUAAGAGAAAUAAGGGAAUAAAACUAACAUUCUUGCUCUUCUUCACAGUUACUCGGCUGACCCCUGGGAUUGGCUUCAUUCCUAGCUUUAGCAUUGCCUUGCGACUUUUCUUCUCACUGCGACUCUGCUUUGACCUACCGCUGCCAUCUUCUUGUCCU